AUGACAGGCAUCUUUGUCUGGAAGGAGCUGAGCACAGCGGCCAGCACCUGGGACGUGAGGACGGCUGCACUUCCAGAGAAGCUGUGUCCCCCACAGACAUCUGCCUUCACACUUAGCAAACCACCAGGAAGUUUGUCUCACAGAACAAAACAUGAGUCGAGGAGAUCCAGCAACUUUCCCAAGUUUACAGAUCUGGGAGCAGCAGGACUCCUGCAAUAUGAACGACUUCUCCAUAUAGAGGACCAUGAUUUUGCAACGAGACCUGGAUUUGGAGGAUCUCCAGUGCCAAUGGGUAUAGAUGUCCAGGUUGAAAGUAUUGACAGCAUUUCAGAGGUUAACAUGGACUUUACAAUGAUUUUUUUUUAUCUCAGACAUUACUGGAAAGAUGAGAGGCUCUCCUUUCCUAGCACAACAAACAAAAGCAUGACCUUUGAUCGUAGAUUGAUCAAAAAGAUUUGGGUGCCUGACAUCUUUUUUGUCCAUUCCAAAAGAUCCUUCAUUCAUGAUAAAACUGUGGAGAACAUCAUGCUGCAUGUAUACCCUAAUGGAAACAUUUUGUUUUCUCUCUCCUGUUACAGGAUAACUGCUUCAGCCACGUGCUUUAUGGAUUUCAGCAGGUUUCCUCUUGACACUCAGAACGAGGACACUCUUGACACUUGUUCCCUUGAACUGGAAAGCUACGCCUACAGUGAAGAGGAUCUAAUGCUGUACUGGAAACAUGGAAACAAGUCCCUAAAUACUGGUGAGCGUAUUUCCCUCAUUGAGGAGUUCACUGCAUCCAGUGGAUUUGCUUUCUACAGCAGCACAGGUUGGUACAACAGGCUUUUCAUCAACUUUGUGCUAAGGAGGCAUAUUUUCUUCUUCAUGCUACAAACCUAUUUCCCAGCUAUGCUGAUGGUAAUGCUUUCAUGGAUUUCAUUUUGGACUGACCAGGGAGCUAUUCCUGCAAGAGUUUCCCUGGACUCUCUGAAGUAUUUGACACUAUUUAGCAUCCUCUCCAAAUUCAGAACCAAGCGUAGUGGUCGAGAUCCCAGCCUCCUCUUCCUCAUCUGCAAAAUGAGAUGA